AUGAUCACCCUUUUGGCAACCAUGCAAUUACCCGUCACUUACGCUUGCGCAGCUACUCCGCCAGUUGCAACUCCAACUUCAACUUCAGUUCAACCUUCUACACCAACACCAACUCCCCUUUGCAUACAACCAACAGUAACACCACCGUUGCAACUGAUGUCUGGUAUAACAGUAAAUCAAAUGAAUUUUAUAAAUAUUCAACCAGGAAUCGUAUCAAUACCAUUAGUUUGCAACAGAAAAAAACAAUGGGAAACCGGCGAGCCGCCAUUGGUUGUUUCUACGAUAGAAUGUGUCCUCAGCACUCGUUAA